ACCCGGUGGCCGGGCAGUCUGGCGCGCACACAGCCUGCCUUGGUAACUCCCGACAAAAGCAGAUAAUGCACUUUUGACUUCUGACAGCCUCUACCUCAAGCCCGACAGAACCCAGCGUCGCUUACCCCGAACCCCCGAGUUCUUGGCGUCUUCCCUUCCCGUCCGUUUCAGUUUUAUUUAUUUGCGUCUUGCCGCCUUUCUCGGUGACCUUCGCUCCCCCCGCGGGCUUUGGGCCGGAGAAGCCGCUUCCUCGCCCGCCUGAGACUGGUUCUCCUCGCCUGGUGGGCCCGGGUGGCGCCGCUCCGGGCUGCCCUCUGCCACCGGCCUGGUCUCUUCCCCCGCCUCCCCCGUUUUGAUUUUGCCGGUACAGGUUUUGGCUUGCUCCACCAGAGCGGGGGGGUUUCUUCUUUUUGGAGGAGCCGGUUGUUUUGUCUUCAGGACUCAUCCCGUUGUUGACUCUUAACUGCCCUGUCGCUCCGGGCCUCACCGGACCAAACCAAAGACCAUGGUGCACUGUGCGGGCUGCAAGAGGCCCAUCCUGGACCGUUUCCUCUUGAACGUGCUGGACAGGGCCUGGCACGUCAAGUGCGUCCAGUGCUGUGAAUGUAAAUGCAACCUGACGGAGAAGUGCUUCUCCAGGGAGGGCAAGCUCUACUGUAAGAACGACUUCUUCCGAUGUUUCGGUACCAAAUGCGCUGGUUGUGCGCAGGGCAUCUCCCCGAGCGAUCUGGUUCGGAGAGCGCGAAGCAAAGUGUUUCACCUCAACUGCUUUACCUGCAUGAUGUGUAACAAGCAGCUUUCCACCGGCGAGGAGCUCUACAUCAUCGAUGAGAACAAGUUCGUUUGUAAAGAGGACUACCUGAGUAACAGCAGCGUCGCCAAAGAGAACAGCCUCCACUCGGCCACCACAGGCAGUGACCCUAGUUUAUCUCCGGAUUCCCAAGACCCAUCGCAGGACGAUGCCAAGGACUCUGAAAGUGCCAACGUGUCGGACAAGGAAGGUGGAAGCAAUGAAAACGAUGACCAGAACCUAGGUGCCAAGCGCAGGGGACCCCGGACCACCAUCAAAGCCAAGCAGCUGGAGACGUUGAAGGCAGCCUUUGCAGCUACACCCAAGCCCACUCGCCAUAUCCGUGAGCAAUUGGCCCAGGAGACUGGCCUCAACAUGCGGGUCAUCCAGGUCUGGUUCCAGAAUCGACGCUCAAAGGAGCGGAGGAUGAAGCAGCUAAGUGCGCUGGGCGCACGGCGCCACGCCUUUUUCCGCAGUCCUCGCCGGAUGCGGCCGCUGGUGGACCGCUUGGAGCCGGGCGAGCUCAUCCCUAACGGCCCCUUCUCCUUUUACGGAGAUUACCAGAGCGAGUACUAUGGUCCCGGGGGCAACUACGACUUCUUCCCGCAAGGACCGCCUUCCUCGCAGGCCCAGACGCCAGUGGACCUACCCUUCGUGCCAUCCUCCGGGCCUUCGGGGACGCCCCUGGGGGGUCUGGACCACCCGCUGCCUGGCCACCAUCCUUCCAGCGAGGCGCAGCGAUUCACCGACAUACUGGCACACCCCCCGGGGGACUCGCCUAGUCCUGAACCCAGCCUGCCCGGGCCGCUCCACUCCAUGUCAGCGGAGGUCUUCGGGCCCAGUCCACCCUUCUCCUCCCUGUCGGUCAACGGCGGAGCCAGCUACGGGAACCACUUGUCCCACCCUCCUGAAAUGAACGAGGCAGCCGUGUGGUAGCGGGGUCUCACACGGGCCACGGGAGCUCGUGGUUGUACAGAGAGAGACGAGCUUUUAUUUAAGAAAAAAAAAAUAGGGGGGGAAGAACAUAAAAAGCAAGCCUUCUGCUCCGCUUCCUCCGUCCUCGAGGACUAUUCUCAGUUUGGGGAGACUGGAUGGCAAAGGGGCUCCAGAAUAGGAUCCAAAUCGGCCUCGUGGUAGAGCUGGGAUAUCCAAACGCUGGCUGGCAAAGUGCAGAACUGGGGCUCCGGAAGGGGAAUUCCGAGCUGUCCCCACCCUCGACCUGGAUCUGCAUCCGUGGACGGACUCCACCGGCGGUUCCGCUGGCUGGCGGGAAGUCAUCUCCGGCAGCUGCAGCCUCCGACGGCACUGGGCAAGGCCAGGAGCCCGGGGAGGGAGAACUAGAGGCGCUCAGCCCGGGUGAGGGCGGAGAAGCUGUCAGGGGCGCUCCGGUCAAGAGGGUCCUAGCUCUGGGCGAUCCCUUAGUGUUGUCUCGGAGUUCAGCGACAACAAACUCUUAAUAGCUUCAGAAACACCGACCUGCUGUGCAUCAGGUGGGACUAUAUAUAUAUAUAUUUUUUGUCUAUCCGGGUUUUUGAUUUUUGUUUUUGCCAAUAUCGCAAAAUUCUAAAUGUAAAGCCCUCAGUACCAACUCUUCUACCUUCAGACCCCCUCUCUGUCUCUCUUUCUCUACACACACACACACACACACACACACACACACACACACACACACGCUCAUGCUCACACUCACUCACACACUCACCCUCUCUCCACAGGAUGGUCUCCAGCCAGACCUCUCAGUAAAAUGACUUGAACAUCACCUCCACAAAAAGAAAAAAAAAUUCUACCUUCACAUGAAAGUUAAAAAAAAAAAAAAAGACUAUUGAACUAAAAACAGUCAACUGUUUACGUAUAAUGUUAAAUUCAGGAGUUCAGUGUUUUACUAAUAUAUCCUGUUUUGAAACCUCUUGUUCAAAAACAAAAUGUUUUGAGCAGUCAACCAAAAUUGUUUCUUUUCUUUUCCUGUAGAUGUUCUGACAGAUUUGCAGGGCUUGCGGCUCACUGUGCUAGUAUGUAAAAAGGUGUUGUUUACACGAGGCGAAGGGAAAACAUGAUAUUCAGACAGUUGCCAAAUAGAAUAAAUUAUAGCACAAAUACUGUAAUGGUGCCUGGCACCAGCAACCUGAGAAAGUGUUAAAAAAAAAAAGUGUUACAAGGUUUAAAAAAAAAAAAACAUCUUUGCUAAUUUUUAGUCCUGUUAAACAUUCAUGAAAUUGUUAAUAUGACUUAUAUAGACCCACACAGGUUUUAUUUUUGUGUCUUUAAAAUGAAAGUCCAAAAUAUUUAAAUUUUAUGGUCAAAUAUGCAGUCAACAGCUGCUACUUUUUCUUUAUAUAUUAAAUUUCUCAUAUGUCUUUUAUUGUUCUAAUAAACCUAAGCUUGUGUGACCUCCAGUGCAUAUUAGACCAUUCACUGUAUGAAAGAAAACAUGUUGAAUAAAUUUGUGAGUUUUUAAUAAAA